GCAUCCGAAAGGAAAUUAGUCCAUUAGCUGAGGUAAGUCCAUUCAAAAUCAAAAUCAAAAUCUAGGGCUUGAUUGAAGGUGUCAUCGCAAACCCUCUUCUUCUCAACCGAAAAAUGACGCCGCCUCCUGGACCUUACUCCGGCACCAGCACCUUGGCUCUGGUGGCUCGUGUAUCAGCUUUCUCUUUCGGUCUUGUGUAUGGUAACAUGAAGCUCAAGUAUCUCAAGGCUAAAGCAAAGUCUCAGAAGAAAGCUGAAGCAAAGGCUCAUCAUUGAGAGAUAUACUUUGUUGAGAGUUAGGAGACUUGAUUUUUGCUGGUAUAGAAAUAAUGCAUAGCAAUGCAACUGUACCGAAUUUACGUUUUAAUGUAAAGCCUUGACCUUGGUGCUAUGGUUAUAUCUUUCUAAUGCUCUUUUUGUGGAGGUUGUUAACUUUGUCUUUCUGAGAAAUGCAUAUUUGGUCUUUCCUGGCCACCAUGAAAAA